UUUCAAAGGAACUUUUUGAGAUUAAAUGCAUAAAUUUCGACUUUGCAAAUGGAGAAGAGCAGUGGAAUAGAGUGUGCUGGCUGCAGGAGGCAAAUCAGUUCAAGUAGCCAGUCUCUGUUUGCUCUUAAUGAUAUAUGGCAUGUCAGUUGCUUUCGGUCUGAUGGGAAGGAAACAAAGGCUCAAUGCUGUGUGAAAAAAUGUCCCUAAUGAUAGACAGAAAGGAGAUGCUAAAGGUUCAAGAAUUAUUUCAAAUGCUGAUGUUGACAAAACUCAGGGGAGUUUAGUAAAGACAAUGGCUUUGAAAAAAGCAAACAUUUUACGACAUACUAAAAGCUUUUUCGUCUGACACUCCUCAAAGCAUAAAACGUCAGAAUAGGUUCCGAAAAAACACAAUGGAAAAAUAUAUACCCAGUUGUGGAUCGAAAUGGGCCAAUCAGAAAAACGCAAGCACAAGACCGGUAUAGUUGACCAAUCAGUGCCGCGAGCCUAAAGAAAAAUUACCAAUGGAGUCCAAGAGAGAAAACGAACUCCUUUUGUCUACACAAUGACGGCUUUUUCGUUUUUAUGUAGAUUGACUCCAAAACUGCUAGAUGGAAGGAUGACUGGGCUCUGCCAAUUAUCCGAAACAUGUCGUCAUUAUAGAGUUUUGCACAAUCUGGGUUGUCUAAAAGAUGUAAAGACAAUUAUAUAGCUCUCAAAAGUUCAGCAGGUUGGGAGACAUUAAUUGCACUGCUUUGAGCCUUUGUUUAGAUAUUUUAUCUAUUGUAGUAUGCUUCUUCUUGUUAUCUAAUCUUCUUAUCUAAAAAUUACAUUUUUAUAGAAGCAUUAAAACAGUAAGGGGAACAAGAAAUGAAAUUCCAGUGGGAGUUUUUUGCCAGUUUAGUUUGCUUAUUUGUCGGAAUAAUUCUGAUCAGAUCCGGUCGGUCUAAUCAAUUUUUGAUCGGAUCUUAUUUGUUUGACCCAUUUUGGUAAGAAUUGUCCCUUUUGUCAGAAUAGUGUCCUUUUUGUCAGAAUAGUGUUGAUAUUAGUCAGAUCCAUUUUUGUCAGUUCUCUCUUGUAAGAUAUCUUUUGGUCAGAAAAGUGUCCCUUUUGUCAGAAAGUGCAGUGGUGGAUCCUUAGGGGGCAAAAGGAUGCAGUUCCCCCCAAUAUUUUUGAAGGCAAUGGUCUUUUGUUCUAAAACAAUUGGAAAAUGGAAUGUCAUCCUAUCAAAACAAUAGUCAUAAAAAGUGCCGCUUUUUGUACCUUUUCUCAGAAUUAAGUACCCUACCUAUCUAAGCCAGUUUCUUCUGAAGGGCUGUUUCAUAAGAUAAAAUAAUCAAGACUCUCUUGAAUUAUUUAAAAACCUUUGUAAUCUUUUUUCAAAGUGUUAGCAACUUUAAAACUAAGUGUAAUGAUCAGGGUUCUUGUUAUGACAGUGAAUAGCCUGUUAAUAACCAGCUCAUUGAUGGAGCGACGGGCUAGGCCAAAGGGCCAAAUGGAGGAGAGAUACAAGAGACUUCUCUUUGUUGAAUCCAAAUUAGACAGCCUGGAUCUUUUUAGCAGAAAAAUUUUUUUUGGUCUGCUCAAUUGCUUUUUUGCUUCAUUUUUUGUAUGUUUUUAAAAGAGGUUUAUUGUUAAAUCAGGUACCCAAAAGUAUCAGAUCACAAGGAAAAUUCUUUCGCAUAAUUAUCGAAUGGCCCCCCUUAAGAUGAAUAGUUCCUGGAAACUUGAACCAUUCAUGCAUUCAUGCAUGUCAUACAGGAUCACACAUUAGCUGCUUUGAACAUCCCACAGUCUGUGUUCACAAGGCUCAAUGAGGGAAUUUACAGCAUCCCUGAGGAGACCAAACUCAGUGUUUCUGCCCUCUUAAAUCAUUAUUUAUUCGAAAAUUGCACAAUUAUUUCGAGGUAAUAACUCUAUUGAAAUUCUUGCAAAGUAUUUAUCACUUCAGAAAAGACUAGCUUUUGUCAUGCAUUUAGAUAAAGACUAAAUGACCCUGCACAUGCUAAACAAUUAUUUUUCAUAAUUAUAGUUUGAUAGCCAGUGGGCUUUCAAAAAGAAAGAAGGUGACAAAACUUUCGCAAUAACAUAGGCGCUGCUAACCAAUUUAAAAUGCGUUUUUAACGUGGGUUUAUAUUUCUCGAUAUCACGCGGUCAAAUGCUAAACACAGUCAAAGUACUUGGAGAUGCUAAACACAGUCGAGUUUUUUAGAUAUGUGGCCGGGGAUGUCAAUUUUCAUCCAGAAUGUUUUAUGUGCACCACCUGUAAAAGAUUUAUUGAAGACGGCGAUGAGUACACUUUGGAAGAAAGAAACUGCUUGUACUGUGGCAAUUGUUACGGUUCAAAGCGGGAAAAAAGAUUGGAAGAGAUAAAGGGUAUGAUUUGGAAAAACCAGCAUACUAUACGCCAUAUGCAGUUGAAGCCAGAGCAAAUCGACGAGCAAGGAAUCCCACUUCACAUUGAUAGAGCUAAAGCUACGGAGCCAAAACUAAGAGAGGAAGUGCUGAGACGAGCUGGAAAUUAUCCUGAAAAGCAAGAUAAAAGUGAUACUGAAAGCUCUAUCUCAGUCAAAGGUGCCUGCGAAUAUGGACAGCAACUGCCAUUAAAAGCUGGCGACAAAGUCAUUGAAGUGAAUGGCGUCUUCGUUACAGAUGAAACAAUACAAGAGGUCAGUAAACUUCUUCGCUCCAAACCGACCGAAACUCUGCAUGUCACCAUAGAAAGAAAUUUAGAAAAGAGGCAGGAAACAUCCAAAGUGGUUAACAAAUCGCAUUGCAACAAUAACCAGACUGUGCCAGAAGAGAAAUUGGCCUCAGGAACUGUUGAUGCAUACGACAAGCGGAAAGAGCGCAGUUUGUCCUUUUUCAAUUUUAGCGUAUUUAAGCGCACAACCAGCGAUUGUUCGGAAGCUAAAGAAAAGGCGAUAAGAGCCAGACAGAAGAAGAAGGCCCAUAAAACGGAAACGGGGACACGGUCUAAGUUGUUCAGCACUGGGAAAAUACAUCAGUUAAGGAGAAGCCGUUCGCUUACUGAAGUAAAUGGUGAACAAGAAUCAUGCAUAAAAGAUAUGGUCAAGUCCUUCAGCACCUUGCAUCGGGCCCAGUCUUUCAAAGUGGAAGAACAGCCGGUCAGUAAAAUAUUCAGGCCAUCUGAACUUAUCUAUGGAGAAUUGAUUGGACGAGGAUUCUUUGGUGAUGCUGUCAAGGUAACGAGCAGUAGAACUGGUGAAGUAAUGGUAAUGAAGCAAUUAAAGCAAGUUGACAAAGAUGCCGAAGAAACAUUUCUAAAUGAAGUACAACUUCUUAAAAGCCUUAAGCAUCCAAAUGUCUUGCAUUUUAUUGGGAUAAUGUAUAAAGAUAGAUCAUUACACAUAAUAACAGAAUUUAUAUCUGGUGGUACACUGAGGAAGCUUUUGAAAAACAAAUAUCGAGAAAUUUCAUGGAAGCAGAGGAUUCAGUUUGCCAAGGAUAUUGCAUCCGGAAUGGCCUAUUUACAUGAAAUGAACGUCAUUCAUCGUGACCUGACUUCGAAAAACUGCCUUAUUAAAAGCGAUUCUCACGGUAAAUCUGUGAUUGUUGCUGAUUUUGGUUUAGCCAAAUCUCUUCCUCAAGACAGCUCCUGCAGAUCCCCCAGGCUGUCUCCUAGUCCAAAUUUUCUUUACGGCUCCGGACUUAGCCCUUCACCAACUUCGCCGUCGUCUUCACCCACACCAAUAAGUCCAACUCGACCAGCCAUUCCAAAAAAGCGAUUGACUGUUGUUGGCUCUCCGUUCUGGAUGGCGCCAGAGAUGAUGAAAGGAAAAGGAUACGACGAAAAAGUCGACAUAUUUUCAUUCGGCAUAGUUGUUUGUGAAAUUAUUGGUAGAGUUAAAGCUGAUCCAGAUUAUUUACCAAGAAAAUUUGAUUUCGGAUUAGACGAAGAGGAAUUCAGGAAAAUGUUUUGUGCUGAGUGUCCUGAGCCAUUCUAUAGGCUAGCAUUUCAAGCAUGCACCACAGACCCCGAGAAAAGGCCACCAUUUGUAAUGCUUGAGAAAUGGCUAGAAGCAAUUUUUGUCAACUUGGAAUUCAAAAUACCAUUGCCACAUGAAAUUGACUACCUUUCGAUGCCAAAGCCUUUGAUGUACAAAAUUGAAGAGAUGGCAACUUAGUAAAAGAGCAAAUGUUCUCAACAGUUAAAUAUGAUGAACGUUCAUGCUUGUUGGCGGCGCUUGGUUGUUACUCAAUCUGAAGUCGCAGAAAUAUGAGUUAUAUAGUUGCAGAAAGAAGCUUUUAACAGAUCCUUACAACCCUUUGUUCCGAUCUGCAGUUCUCCAUCUAAUUUUCCAAAGUGCUUAGCACACGCGAUAGUAAGAUACCCUUUUUGCUAGUAGAUUUUCAAUUAUAUGUUUUAAGAGCAACUAAAAUGAAUUUUGACGUAAUUUUUUGAGUGGGUGUAAAUUUUUUUUCACUAUGAAAUUUUGAGAUUUAGAGGAUAUUUUUAACAAUGGACGGUAUGAAGUUUUGAUCGGAGUCAUUUUCAUUUUGAAAUGAA